CACACGAAGGGAGGGGGGGUGUUGCUGGAGGAGGCGUAGAAAGCGCAGCCCAAAUAGUCCUUUCCCCCUCGCUUUCUUUCCGCGCGCGCCUGCUGAAUUGCUAGGUGGGGCUGCGUGGGGAGCUGAGGAGCUUCCCCGUCACUCGGUGUAAUUGCAGCGUCGUUUGGGGAUGGGAGUUUUCGUCUUCUUCUUCCCAAAAAACCCUAGAGAUGAACACAGAGGCAGAACAGCAGCUUCUCCACAAUGCUAGAAAUGGACACAGUGAAGACAUCAGGCAGCUGCUGGGAACUAUGGACAAAGGAGAGGCCAUCUUUAACAUCAACUGCAAAGGCAGAAGCAAAUCUAACUUGGGAUGGACACCUCUUCAUCUUGCAUGCUAUUUUGGGCACACCAGUGUUGUCAAGGAUUUGCUGAAGGCUGGUGCUGAAGUAAAUGUAUUAAAUGACAUGGGAGAUACCCCACUGCAUCGUGCAGCCUUCACUGGGCGCAAGGAGGUAGUUAUGCUGCUUUUGGAAUACGAAGCCGAUACUUCCAUUGUUAACGGGAAUGGGCAAACUGCAAAAGAUGUUACACAUGAUAAAGAAAUAAGAGAGAUGCUGGAAGCUGUAGAAAGGACUCAAGAAAGGAAACUUGAAGAACUCCUCCUGGGAGCUGCACGAGAAGGAGAAACUGAAAAACUCACAGCACUGUUAAACAGGUCAAAUUCUCCUGACAUCAACUGCACUGAUCAGGUGGGAAAUACACCAUUACAUUGUGCAGCAUAUCGUGGCCAUAAGCACUGUGCUUUGAAGCUCCUAAAAUCUGGAGCAGACUCCAAAAUAAAGAACAAAAAUGGUCAGACACCCCUUGCUUUAGCCCAAGGUGCAGAAAUGAAACACAUACUUGGAGGGGGCAUUGGGAAGGUGAGCAACAAACCUCUGAAACGAUAUGAAGGACUACUAUGGAAGAGUUCAAGAUUUUUUGGGUGGAAGCCAUAUUGGGUAGUACUGGAACAUGGAGUCCUCUCCUGGUACCAAAAACAGGCUGAUAUUGGGAACAGUAAUCGCCGCCAAGGAUGCAAGCACUUAACACAAGCCAUUUGCACAGUCAAAAGUGCAGAUGGCAACCUCUUCUCAAUCAAAUGUUUUGAUAAUACAGUUCACAGUUUUAAAGUUCCCAAGACCAAUCAACAGUCAAGAGAGAACUGGGUACAGGCAAUAGAAGACCAUUCAGCAUACAGCACACACUAUUGUACUCAGGAGCAACUGAGCGAUGAAGAAGAAGAGGAUGACACAAUAUCAGUUGCUGAGUUACAAGCUUCCCUCAAAGUUGCACAGUCAUGGCAACAAAGACUUGAUAAAGAGAUUUCGGGCUUCCUCACCGUGAUUAGGUCAUGUGACACUUCUCAAGGAAUGCCUACUUCGUUUCUCAAGAAAGCUGAAGGGGUUUCUGAAACAUCAAGAGAAACUUGUGAAGCGCUGAGCAAUUGUCUCAAACUCUUCACUAAGCAAGAAGGGGUGAGGAAUCUGAAACUGGAGCAUGAGCAAGAGAAAAACAAGAUCUUAUCUGAAGCUCUAGAAACACUAGCUACUGAACACCAUGAAUUAGAGCAGUCACUGGUCAAAGGGUCACCACCUCUGAGCAUCUUUAGUGAGGAACAGUUCUAUGAUGCUGUUUCAGAUUCAGAAUCCGAAAAAUCAUUGAGUGGAUUUGAAACUGUGACAACUUACUCAUUAGAAGACAGCGUGGAUUCUAGUGACACUAUAACGUCUGACAUGUCUGGAGAAAAGACCUGUAAAACUGCAGAGACUCUGUCAAAUGGCAUCAAAAAACACAGGACAAGCUUGCCUUCUCCAAUGUUUUCCAGAAAUGAUUUCAGUAUUUGGAGCAUCUUAAGAAAGUGCAUUGGAAUGGAGCUGUCGAAGAUCACUAUGCCAGUAAUUUUUAACGAGCCACUGAGUUUCCUACAGCGACUGACAGAAUAUAUGGAGCAUACAUACUUAAUUCAUAAGGCCAGUUCGCUUUUGGACCCGGUUGAAAGAAUGCAGUGUGUAGCUGCCUUUGCUGUUUCAGCUGUUGCCUCUCAGUGGGAACGUACAGGAAAGCCAUUCAACCCAUUACUUGGAGAGACGUAUGAACUGGUCAGAGAGGACCUUGGAUUCAGACUCAUCUCAGAGCAAGUUAGUCAUCACCCACCAGUCAGUGCUUUUUAUGCUGAAGGACUGAGCAAUGACUUUGUGUUUCAUGGUUCUAUUUAUCCUAAACUAAAGUUCUGGGGAAAGAGUGUUGAAGCAGAACCCAAAGGGAUAAUAACUUUGAAACUUCUUGAACAUAAUGAAGCAUACACAUGGACAAAUCCUACAUGCUGUGUGCAUAACAUUAUUGUGGGCAAGCUUUGGAUUGAGCAGUAUGGGAAUAUGGAAAUAACCAAUCACAAAACUGGUGAAAAAUGCAUGUUAAACUUCAAGCCCUGUGGCCUUUUUGGGAAGGAAUUGCACAAAGUGGAAGGUUACAUUCAGGAUAAAAGCAAAAAGAAACUUUGUGCACUCUAUGGGAAAUGGACUGAGUGUUUGUAUAGCGUUGAUCUUGCAACAUUUGAAGCUUACAAAAAGAAUGACAAGAAGAACACAGAAGAGAAGAAAAACAACAAGCAGAUGGGCAGUUCUGAUGAACCAGAGGAGAUGCCCUUGCCAGAUUGUGAAAGUGUGUGUGUUAUACCUGGAAGUGUGUUGUUAUGGAGGAUAGCCCCAAGGCCUUCUAACUCAACACAGAUGUACAACUUCACUACUUUUGCUAUGGCUUUGAAUGAAUUGGAUCAAGAAAUGGAAAGUGUUAUUCCUAAAACAGACUGCAGGCUAAGGCCAGAUAUAAGAGCUAUGGAAAAUGGUGACAUAGAUGUAGCAAGUGAAGAAAAGAAGAGGCUUGAAGAAAAACAAAGAGCUGCUCGUAAAAACAGGUCAAAGUCAGAGGAAGACUGGAAGACAAGUCAGCCAGUGGCCCAGGGACCCAGGUGGUUCCAUCAAGGGCUGAAUCCCUACACCAGUGGACAUGACUGGCUUUACUCUGGGAACUACUGGGACAGAAACUAUUUCAGCUUGCCUGAUAUUUAUUAAACUGCAUUGGGAAGUCCGAGACUAACACAAACAAGUCUUAAUCAGUUUUCAGUGUUUUCCUUUGUUCCUGUACUGUUAGAAAAAAAACAACCCUGAAUUUUAAUUGAAUGUACUAUAUUCAGCAGCUUCUGCAGCAAUUAUGGUAGCACAAGAUUA